AUGGCUGCCUCUACCGUUGGCGAAGCAGUCAUGAUCGCUGUGGCUAUGGCGGCUACGCGGUACCUCCCUUCGACAUCUCGAACACCUCCUACAGCAACAAGAAAUACCAACCAGCCGUCUGGUGACAUUUCUGAGGGACGAGACGCCUCAGUGCCUCCCAUUGCCACUCACGCCACCGACUUAUCCUCGCAUUUCGAGGUCUCCGAGACAGAGUUAUCAACUGGAUGCCCAACCAACCAGCCGUCUGGUGACAUUUCUGAGGGGCGAGACGCCUCAGUGCCUCCCAUUGCCACUCACGCCACCGACUUAUCCUCGCAUUUCGAGGGCUCCGAUCCUUCUGUUCCCACUUCGCCAUGGACUAGUCCUAUAUAUGAAAAAUCCUGCCUCACCUCGAAUUCCAAAAUAGUCGUUACAAACUGCCCACCACCACUCGCUCAAUCGAGUUAUCACUUAGAUCCUGCAUCGUCUUCGCCACAGACCGAUCUUGCAUUGGAUUAUGGGGCCGUUGGAAGUUGCCCAGAGCUUCACGGGACCCCGACAGAAUCUACCAUAGAUCCCGAACGCGACAUUCUUGUAUCAGCUUUAUCGCAGCUUUCCCUUCACCCUACCUUCCAGCCGCGGCCACGGGCAUCGUGUAUAGAUCACGCAGACCCGUAUUGUGCUACCGGUUCGAGCGUUGGAGUCGCGCCCCAAUGUCGGUUGGCUGCUCAGGCUAUCGGGAUUGAACUAGAGAGUCUGAGUAAAAAGGUCCGGGUGGGGAAAACCCUCCUUGCAAACGUAAAGUCCACAUUCCACACUUAUCGGAAAAAAGUCCAACGGCAGAAACGGGCUAUGAGGCACGCUAAUCAAUGUAGACAUAACUUGGAAUCGAUGAAUCGCGAACUCAAGAGAGGAAUAGAAGACACUCAGCAACAGCUCGGGAAUAUGAUCAAAUCACAAAAGGCUGUAAUCGAGGCCCAUCUCAGUACCCUCAAGUCCUCGCACAACGAGGAGCUCGCAAGAGCGAAAGAUGACGCCGAGAAAGAGGUUUGUCAAUGCCUCACAGUGGACAUUCUGCCUGACCUUUUUAUGCUCAAGCUCGUCAGCCUGCGCUGCCAGAUAGAAACAUUGAAGCAUGCGGCAUUGGACCAGUCCAUAGCUUUAGAGACGUGCAAUCAGGAGCUUGUCCGGACCAAGGAUGACGCCGAGCAAGAGCUCAUUAGCCUGUGGUGCCAGAUAGAGACACUGAAACAUGGGGCAUUGGACAAGUCUGCAGCUUUAGAGAUAUGCAAUCGGGAGCUCAUCCGGACCAAGGAUGACGCCGAGCAAGAGCUGCACGAAAUCAUUCAUACACACGAACGGAAGGAAGCCCUAGCCUUGCAGCAUGUUGCAGCAAUGCAAGCAGAAUUCGGAAUCCUAACCAAGGAGCUCCAAGCGCGUUAUCAUGAAGUGCCAUUAGUCCCGGUGAUACAAAGACUUCAUUCCCAGAUUCUAGAGCUUUCCUCAGCUCUGCAAUGGGGAGGUCCAAUACAAAGUCCAUAUCAGGUUGCCGCAGAACACGGGAUGGCCGCGAGAGGUGCACAGUCACAGGGUCACUCCCAUUUUCAAUGCACACAGAUACCCGAUGUCGAAGCGAGAGUCGUCCAAACGGACUCUCGGCGAACUUUAUCCAAGGGCAUCCAAGUGCGGUGCACUCGAAACGGAGAAACUCAAACAGAGCAUUUGCCAAAGUCGGACAAGAGCGUCCAGCUGCGUUGCACGCGUACAGGCCAAGCACAGACGGAGGCUCAACCUACAUCUGACAAGAGUGUCCAGCUGCGUUUCAUGCGCACUGGCCAAGCGCAGGCGAAAUCUUCACCACCAUCGCACAUAGUACAAACACAGACCGAGCCUCCUCAAGCAUCUACGCGCUUAGAGGCCGAGUCCGGUCGUGAGGCUUUGUCCUCGCCGGUUCCUGCUCAGGAAGCUUUGACCCCGAUGACUCCCACAAGAAUGGCGUCAACGUCGGCAUCAACGACUUCGUUCACUUUCAGGAUGACCGGAUCUCCUAGUUGUAGCAUAAUGCGCUCUGGACGACCGAAUUCUCCUCGGAGACCUAGAGAAACCAUUUCUCGCGGAACGUCAAUUGAGCCUGUCGCCGGAGCCCCCGAUGCGGGUAUGAGGAAACGGGGACGUUCUGCCUCGAAUAGCCCCGAAGGGGAUACCCAUGGCAAAAGGCGGAAGCCCAGUGAAGACAGCGGAGAUCUUGAUGACCCAUUUGAAGAUACCCAACCAGAAACACAACCUUUGACAUCGGCAGAUGUGAAGGAACUUACCGCCAAACAGAUAAACCAUUUGCUUGCUGCCCUCAGAAAAGUCGGCGUGAAGUUUCCCAACACAAAGUCACCCAAAGUGGAAACUCGACGCAGGUGGUUGUUCGAUGCCCUCGCCGGGCCCAUCACGAUCACUAUUUUCGAGGCUCUGACAUUGCCUGAGACGGACAUUGUUCAAAAAUAG